AUGGGGUUUCCCGAUGCUGCUUCGCUCGCCAAGGUUGCCCAGGAGCUCGAUGACAUGCCCACCUUUCCUGAGGAUGAUCAUGCUGAUGGCCGUCAUGAUCGGGGCUCGCCUGAGCACAAGUACCCGCGCACCGAGGACGGCAAAGGCGGCAACACCAGUGGCAAGGGAGUCGCAGGCAUGGCUGCCCGCGCGGCGGGGGCUGUCGGCUCCGCUCUUUUCGGCGGUCGUGGCGAUUCUCAGUGUACUCCUGGCUCGUUUCCUGCUGGUGCCCAUCGUGACCCUGCCCAGCCUCCACUACAGCAGCCUCAAUAUGAUGAUGACUAUAUCAGGCACGUCGCAGCAAACGCAGUUGCUGAACAGUUUGGAGAACUACGGUCCGAGCUGGAAUCUCUGGUUGGAUCUACCGUCGGCGCAACUGUGCAAUCUUCAAACAAAUCUAUUCUCGACACACUGGAAUCCCUGCGCGUCCAGAUCACGGCCCAGCCGAAAGAAGUCGACCAGCAGAUUAUGGCCACUUCCAAGAUUGACUCCCUCGGCUCCCACGUCAACACGCUCUCGAUUGACGUGGAGAAGCACACCGCAGACAUCGCCAACCUACGUAAGCAGAUGGACGAGCUCCGCGGCGAGCUCAUGGUCGCCAAGCGCACCGAGAAGGCUCCCACGGCACCGCCCUCCUUCGAUCGCGUGGAAGACCCCUCGGUUGUCGUCGCCAUGGCCACGAAGAUGGUUGGGAUUGAGUCUGUGCGUGCAUCACUUUCCCCCUUCUUGGCGGAGUUGGGCUUGGACGCAUCGUCAUACUCUAUCAAGUCCACCGGUCCGAUGCCAAGCAGAAGGUACCUCGUCUCAUUCAACGGCAGUGUGGGGCUCGCGUCCAAGUAUGUCAACAAAGUCUUAUCCAAUCUCAGGCAGAACGAUGAAUGGCGUAUCUUCGAGGCUGAUGUGUCAGGCUCUACUCCCGCUCGUCUCCAUCUCGGACCAGACAAAAAUCCGAAACAAAUUAAAACGGAAAUGGCGCUCAGGAAGCUUCGCACGGCCAUGGCUGGCAAAUAUGACGGACGCUGGGUCGUGGACAGGGAGCGUGGUGUCCUCCGCUGCGGGUGGACGCACAUCCUCAAGCUCUCCGCUCAGCCUGACGACCAGCCCUUCGACAUCUUCUACAACGACGAGGGCCUCAGUGAAGUCGGCAUCGCCAAGCACGAGGUCCGUGAGCUGGUUCAGUCCACCAUCGCACCACCACCGCCGCCGCAGUGGUGCCUUUAA